AAGUGAUCAAAAUGUAUUAGAGCGAAAUUCGGGCGCCGGAUUAACGUCCUUGGCCCAGAGAGGGGCUCGACUCGAGUGAAAAUUCUAUCCUCGAACAUGACGAAUUAGUACGCAACUCAUACGCACUGUACUUAUGUCUCACGUUUAUGCACACACCCCAUUCUCAGUGUAAAAUGCCGGUUGAACAGUGUAAUCAGCUGAUAAACAACAUGCGUAAGGAAACGUCCAAUGAAUGAUAAUGUCACAUGCUUUCGUCUUCUUUUGAGUGAAUCUGAUCUCUUAUUUCUCAGUGACUUUAUCGUCGUAACAAGGGCAAAUAAUCGGAAGUUUUUAAUUACAUCGGACUUUUUGUCUGAGUCACGCUUGAGACAGAUAAGAAAAGAACACGUGAUUUGUGAAGAAUGUUUUUGUUACAUAUUUUUGCAUACUCGACAAAUUAUAUUGCAUAAUUUACGGCACCCCUGCCAUGUCAGUAUCUACAAAUGAAGGUAAGUCUACAUCAAAAGCAGUGGAACCAGUUGCAAAAGUAACAUUUUCACCUUUAAAUUCAGAAGCUCUUCUAGUCUCUAUUAAAACCGUUGCGGCUAAGCCAGGAGAAGUGAUGGAACCUCAGAGACGAAGCGGGUCUCUUGAUUCAAGACGUCGGACAAAAUCACUGCGGAAUCAUUCAGAAAAAAUUGCGGAAAAAUCUACAAUGACUGAUUACAGGCGGGAGAUUUCCGUAGCCUCCCAAACUUCAGCUGAUCAACCACUUUCACCUAGUUUCAAAAGAGAAAACUUUAUUUCUCAGCAAACACCAUGUUUGAAGCACGCAGCAGAAAACAUAACCCUCAAGUCAAAGGAUAUGUCAACAGACAAACUAUCGUUAUGCAACAAUUGUUCAAAGUCUAUGUUGUCUUACAUAUUUGUUGUUCAGGACUUUUUAGAUAGUUUAACCAAGGAAAUUUGCGGGAGUCUUGAAAGUUGUACUCAAUGUAUGAGGGAAGAAUUGAGGCAGCAAAUGAUUGCUAGAAGUGAUGAAGCUUCGGUUGCUCAAAGUAGGACUGAAAAGAAAGUAUCAAGUUCUAGGAGGAAGUCAAGAGAGUCUGAAAGAUAUGACAGUUCGAAGUCUGCUAAAGAUACGAGAUCAGACAAAGUAGCUCAAAGUAGUAGUUCUGAUGCAAACAGAUCAGUGCCUUUUGGCGAAACUCGCCAGUCACAAAGUUCUAUUUCUUACCAUACACCAACUUCUUCUCCAGCUCUCAAUGUAAAUGAACAAAGUACUUCGUAUCCAUCUACAUCAACAACAUUCCAACCUAAUCAGCCUGUGCAAAAUGUUUCUCACCAUCAAGGUGAACGAAGCAUCCAGCAUCAGGGUGAGCAUAAAAGAACUGAUGAUCAUUCCACAAGCAUACAAAUAAGUGACCAUCAUUCUACAAACGUCAGUGAUUCAGCAAGAAGUAUAAAUUCUCAAGAACUUAAUGUUCCUUCUUCUAAACAAAACUACCCUGCUUCUUCUCGCACCAACCAGCCAAGUACAGAAUCCAUUCAUCAUCCUAGCGGAUUGUUUAUUAAGCCAAUGGAACGCCAACAACCAGAUUUAAGUGAAAAUGAGUCUUCUAAUGAACAAUUUGAAGACUCAAACGACGUUUUUCGUAAUCCGGAAUCUGUCACCUCUCCAUUUGGUGAAGCUUCAGAGGAGUUUAUUUCUUCGAUGACGAGUGCUGAGCGCGCAGUGUACUAUUCUGCAAGAAAUAAGGAUGGUUUCAAAAAUAUACCUGAAACCCGACAGAGAAUCGUAGCACCUGAUGGAAGAAUUUUGACCGAAGCGUAUGUCACUACGUGUAGAAACAACGCUGAAGCACUUGGUUGUCUGGUUGUGGGAACAUCUAUAUUGCUUACUCAAACAAAAAGAACACUGUGCGUACUGGUGUCAGACGGAGUAAGCAUGGCAUUUAGGGAGCCUUUGUCUGCAAUUUUUCAUGUGGUGCAAACUGUCCGGCAAUUAGAUUCCUUGGGUACCACAAAACUAGCCCUCUUGGAGCAACCAGAUCUAGGGAUAUCUUUCGAUAAGCUGAAUGUGUGGAGGCUGAAACAAUUCCAUAAAUGUGUCUAUUUGAAUCCUGAUACAUUGGUUGUUCAAAAUUGUGACGAGUUAUUUGAUCGUGAAGAGUUGUCCGCUGUUCCUGAUAUUGGCUGGCCAGACUGUUUUAACAGUGGAGUUUUUGUGUAUCAACCGUCUGAUCAUACAUUUUGGCAACUACUGGAAUUUUCGGACAAGCAGGGAGCCGGCGAAGGCGGUGACCAGGGCCUACUAAACUCGUAUUUUAAUUCUUGGAAUAACGAUAUCAACAAAAAGCUCUCCUUUAUUUACAAUUUGAUGGCAAAUGUUAGUUACACCUACACUCCUGCCUUUAAAAAGUUCGGAAAGGAUGUGAAAAUAGUACAAUUCCAUGGUACAUCUAAGCCGUGGCACGUAAAGUUUUUUAAUGUUACCGGAUUAAUUUGCCCUCAUUCUAAUGUCCAUCCAACUUAUGCAGACUUCGUGAAUAAAUGGAUCAAAAUUUUCAGGGGCAAUGCUUUGAGACAACUCUCACAGAAAGCUCAAACUUAUGCCAGUUCUCAGGAAAAGCUGUCCGCUGUAGAACUUCUUCGUUUCUACCCAUUACCAACUGAGUCAGAGUCUGAUUUCUUUUUGACACCUGUAUCUGUAAGACUCCCCUUGACAGAAAUGAAACUUCAGAAAACAUCAAGACCCAUUGAAGAAGCCAGAAGACGAAAAUCUGCUGAAUUUUUCCACCGUUCUGACGCUGAUGUCGAAGAGGUAGCUAAAGNUGAUUGCGGUGACCAGGGCCUACUAAACUCGUAUUUUAAUUCAUGGAAUAACGAUAUCAACAAAAAGCUCUCCUUUAUUUACAAUUUGAUGGCAAAUGUUAGUUACACCUACACUCCUGCCUUUAAAAAGUUCGGAAAGGAUGUGAAGAUAGUACAAUUUCAUGGUACUUCUAAGCCGUGGCACGUAAAGUUUUUUAACGUUACCGGAUUAAUUUGCCCUCAUUCUAAUGUCCAUCCAACUUAUGCUGACUUCGUGAAUAAAUGGAUCAAAAUUUUCAGGGGCAAUGCUUUGAGACAGCUCUCACAGAAAGCUCAAACUUAUGCCAGUUCUCAGGAAAAGCUGUCAGCUGUAGAACUUCUUCGUUUCUACCCAUUACCAACUGAGUCAGAGUCUGAUUUCUUUUUGACACCUGUAUCUGUAAGACUCCCCUUGACAGAAAUGAAACUUCAGAAAACAUCAAGACCCAUUGAAGAAGCCAGAAGACGAAAAUCUGCUGAAUUUUUCCACCGUUCUGACGCUGAUGUCGAAGAAGUAGCUAAAGCCGAUUCAGUACAAACUAAGUCAGAUGUAAACAAUAAAACAGAUGAGGAAUCUUCAACCCUCCCAAUAACUAAAGGGGCAUCUGAAGAUUCAGCAAAAGACAAGAAUGCGGAUACUCCUGAAGAGGAACUUGCUGAUGAAAAUAACGGCAAAAAGCUUCCAGGAGCUGAAGUAGGAGAUUAUCAGGGAAUGAAAAAAUGGGAACAAGGCAAGAUGGAUUAUCAGGGUAAAGAUAGCUCAGAUUCGGUUGUGAAAAGGCUUAACUAUUUAAUGUCGCAGCCUAAACAAUGAAAUUUAUUGACUUUGCAAGGUUGUCUAUUCUACAAAUAUCGAAUGAGUAUGACGGGAUUCUUUUUUAUAUUGUUCGGUUUAGAUUAAGAAAAUUUUGGAAUUUUAAAUUAGGAAUUUUAAUUUAAAAUAUUUUUAAUUAAAAUUGAACUGUUUACAUAGUUGCAUGUUCAGUUUAAUAAUUUUUUUAUCUAUUGAAUGAAUUGUCGUUAAUUCUUAGUUCUACAGAAAAUAAAAACCUUUUUCAUGAGUA